AUGGCCAAUGUAACUAAAGAUCCUGACUAUAAUGCAGUUAGAAAGAAUAGGGCAAAUAGGCAAACAGUUAGGGCUCAGGAACUUGUGCGUCGAGCUAGGGUUGAAAUGCCAGAGGGUGGAGCUGGCAUCCCGGAACUUGAAAAAUUCCAGGGGUUUUUGAGGGACUACAAAAUUGUCGUGUACAACUAUGACAGGAAAGGACGUGAUGUGUACUUUGAGGGAAAUGUAGAGAACCCCAAUUCAUUUGAAGACCCUAACCACAAAUGCCAUAUGAAACCUGACACGAGAAAGCCCAAGUCAAAAGAUUUUCUGUUUAUUUUCUUCGACUUGGAAACCCGCCAAGAUGAGUCUCUGCCCUCAAAUACUGAUGCUAAGGUCCAUAAAGUUUCAAACAAUGUUACAUUUGACUUUAAGAAAGAAAUCCUCGAGUACUGUAUCUCGGACGUUGAAAUCUUGGCCCAAGCUUGUUUAAAGUUCCGUUCAAUUUUCCUGCAAGAGUGUAAUGUUGAUCCCUUUCUCGAGGCUGUAACCAUUGCCAGCGCAUGCAAUUUAGCUUUUCGCAGGAACUUUUUGAAGAAAAAUACUAUCGGCAUCGUUCCUAAAAACGGUUAUAGGCUUACAGACGCUCAAUCGGCAAUCGCGUUACAGUGGCUAUCGUGGGAAGAGGAGAAACGUGGAGUUAGAAUUGAACACGCUGGCCGUGGAAAAGAAGUUAAGAUCAAUGGAAUGAAAGUUGAUGGGUAUGAUGGUCAAAAUAUUUACGAAUUUCAAGGCUGCUACUUCCAUGGCUGUCCCAAAUGCUUUCCCUACGACCGUGAACUUGCUUUGAAAGAGGAUCCCUCUGACUCACUUCACUUGCGGUAUGAACGGACUAAAUCGAAAAUAGCAAAGUUGGGCGAUAACGUCGUACAAAUGUGGGAAUGUGAAUUUAGAAAGUUAAAAAAGACAGAAAACCUAAAACAUCUAGACAAGUUGCCGAUCCUCAACAAUUUACCUCUGAAUCCGAGGCAAGCAUUUUUUGGGGGUCGAACCGGGAAUGCCAAAACGUAUCACAAAUGUGCUGAAGGGGAAACCAUUGAAUACGUGGAUGUAUGCUCUCUCUAUCCUUGGGUAUGUAAAUACGGUAAAUACCCUGUAGGCCAUCCGACAAUCUAUGUAGGUGAUAGAGAGUGUAGACAGAGAGGUCUUAAUGUUGAAGGCCUAUUAAAGUGUAAAGUACUCCCACCACGCGAUCUUUACCAUCCUGUGCUCCCGGCCAAAAUGAAUGACAAGUUAAUGUUUGUUUUGUGUGCGACUUGUGGAGAUGGUCAGAUUCAAAGUGAUUGCGACCACGAAAGUGGUGACAGAGCACUAAUUGGGACCUGGACUAUGGACGAAGUUCGUAAAGCUGUAGAAAAGGGCUAUGUUGUACUCGACAUGUAUGAACUUUGGGAGUAUAAGGUAGCCACAUAUGAAAACGGUGGGUUGUUCACUGACUUUAUAAAUAAAUUUUUAAAAAUGAAACAGGAAGCGUCUGGGUUCCCUAGUUGGUGUGAAACAGACGAGGACAAAAACAAGUACAUUGAGGAUUAUUUUAAAAAAGAGGGUGUCCAAUUGGAAAAAGACAAAAUUAUCAAGAAUGGUGGUUUGAGGUCGUUGGCUAAACUGAUGUUGAACUCGUUUUGGGGAAAAUUUGGACAGCGUGAAAAUCAGACUAAAGCUACAAUUGUCAGGGACCCAAAAACACUUUUCAAAAUGUUAACUAGCCCCGAAAUAGAUGUAAAUAGAGUACAGAUUGUCAAUGAUGAGGUUCUUGUUGUCAGCUGGGAGUACAUUGAUGAGGUUGGGGAGCCAUUGCAAAAUGUAAAUGUCGUGGUGGCAGCUUACACUACUGCCCAAGCGAGAUUGAAGCUCUAUGAGCAUCUAGAUGCUUUGGGUGGUCAAGUGUUGUAUUAUGAUACUGAUUCUGUAUUUUUGAAAGAGAUGGUCCUUGGUGAUGCUGCACAAACAAUGGACAUUGAGGAAAAUAGAAUCAGACGAACAAAGGAUAGGAAUAUAGUUACAAUCAGUGAAGUCAAACAGUUUAAAAUUACUGGACCAAAAAGGAAACAUGGUAGCAAUUAUGAUACACUUCCAUAUGGGUUUAAAAUUAAAAAAAACUCACCAAAAUCUCAACUCCUGAAUCACUACUAUCACUGUCACUCAACUCCUCCCAGUCCCCAAUAUCCACCUCGUUCCACCCGUUCCACCCUCCCGGUCCCCAAUUGA